CCGGUGCGCGGGGGUGCGGUUCCGGGUCGUGGCGCGACUCAGGUUAACAGGAUUGAGUCUCAGCCGGCUGGCUGCAGCGAGCAUCCGGGGCAUGAGGGCGAGCCCGGGAAGCAGCAGCUGAGCAGGCCGAUAGGAACACCGGUCCUUCAGGAUCCUGAGAGUGUAGAGUUCGGGGCAGGACCGGGAGACGGGGAGCAGGGCCCUCUCCUCCGGAACGUGCCCGGGGGCCGACUCGGCCCAUAGUGUGGAAGCGGCUUCAGGUAGGUGAGCCUGUGAAACAAUAUGAAGAGGAGAAAAUAGCCUUUUAAGGAAAUUGGCCCACGAAAGGAUGGCCUUCUUGGACAAUCCAACUAUCAUUCUAGCUCAUAUUCGACAGUCACAUGUGACCAGUGAUGACACAGGAAUGUGUGAGAUGGUUCUCAUUGAUCAUGAUGUUGACCUAGAGAAGAUUCAUCCUCCUUCAAUGCCUGGAGACAGUGGGUCAGAAAUUCAGGGAAGCAAUGGUGAGACUCAGGGCUAUGUGUAUGCCCAGUCAGUCGAUAUUACCUCAAGUUGGGACUUUGGUAUUAGAAGACGCUCAAACACAGCUCAAAGAUUAGAACGACUCCGAAAAGAGAGACAAAACCAGAUCAAAUGCAAAAACGUUCAGUGGAAAGAAAGAAAUUCUAAGCAAUCAGCCCAGGAGUUAAAGUCACUGUUUCAAAAAAAAUCUCUCAAAGAGAAACCUCCAAGUUCUGGAAAGCAGUCUAUAUUAUCUGUCCGCCUGGAGCAGUGCCCUCUGCAGCUGAAUAAUCCCUUUAAUGAGUAUUCCAAAUUUGAUGGCAAGGGUCAUGUAGGCACAACUGCGACCAAGAAGAUCGAUGUCUACCUCCCUCUGCACUCGAGCCAGGACAGACUGCUGCCCAUGACCGUGGUGACAAUGGCCAGUGCCAGGGUGCAGGACCUCAUUGGGCUCAUCUGUUGGCAGUAUACAAGCGAAGGACGGGAGCCGAAGCUCAAUGACAAUGUCAGUGCCUACUGCCUGCACAUUGCUGAGGAUGAUGGGGAGGUGGACACUGAUUUCCCCCCACUGGAUUCCAACGAACCCAUUCAUAAGUUUGGCUUCAGUACUUUGGCCCUGGUUGAAAAGUAUUCAUCUCCCGGUCUGACAUCCAAAGAAUCGCUCUUUGUUCGAAUAAAUGCUGCUCAUGGAUUCUCCCUUAUUCAAGUGGACAACACAAAGGUCACCAUGAAGGAAAUCUUGCUAAAGGCAGUGAAGCGAAGAAAAGGAUCCCAGAAAAUUGCAGGCCCCCAGUACCGCCUGGAGAAGCAGAGCGAGCCUAACGUCGCUGUGGACCUGGAGAGCACGCUGGAGAGCCAGAGCGCAUGGGAGUUCUGCCUGGUCCGCGAGAACAGUUCAAGGGCAGACGGAGUUUUUGAGGAAGACUCACAAAUUGACAUAGCUACGGUUCAGGAUAUGCUCAGCAGCCACCACUACAAGUCAUUCAAAGUCAGCAUGAUCCACAGGCUCCGAUUCACAACGGAUGUGCAGUUAGGUAUCUCUGGAGACAAAGUCGAGAUAGACCCCGUUACAAAUCAGAAAGCUAGCACCAAGUUUUGGAUUAAGCAGAAACCCAUCUCAAUCGAUUCUGACCUGCUCUGUGCCUGUGACCUUGCAGAAGAAAAAAGCCCCAGUUCUCAAGGAAGAUUGAUUCUGCUGUCCCAUGAGUGUUUCAAGACCUGCAACUUUAUGCCUAACUAAAUACAUGCCUUUUAAAAAAAAAAAAUUGUAUCGAUAAAUAUGAAUUCUUAAAAGAGCUCAGAAAAUCUGUGUAUUGUAAUACCUGAGAGAUUAAGAAUAAUUUAUUUCUUGAAAGAAAAAAGUACAUUGCCGAUAUUGUUCAAAUCAGUGAUUUGUCAGUCUAUUUGCCACUCCUUUGGCUAUCUUUGGCUAUUUUGAAGGCUGUCACAGACCUCUUAAAAGAAGAAUUAAUUUUAAUUCCUUUUAACUGACUUAACAUGGACAGCAUGUAUGCCAUGGUUACAUUGUGUUAGAGAAAUCAUUUUUCGUUCUUACACAGGUAUAGACCCAGCCUUUGGAUGCGUCGGCUAUCUUUUUAAAGUCCAGACUCAAAUUCCAGGCCUGAAACAAAAGCCAGGGACCUUUCUGUGAGACUUGUACUCAUCAGAGACUUGGGCAGUGUAAGUGCCAGACUUACUAGAGCGAAGUCUGGUCUCAUCAGGGGAAAGUUGUGCAGGUUCAGAGUCUUUAAAGGAAGUCAGCCUAUCAUUAAGAAAUCAGAUUUAAACCUUAAUAAAGUAGCUGUCAUCUUUAGAGCUCAAAAGAGCUCUGUAUCUCAAUUAAGUAUAGAUGAUAUAAAAUCUUAAGGAAGCAACGUAAUAGAGGUAACCUGAUUACAUUCUCUUGCAAUAGUAUAAUUUAAAGGAAAUCUGAUUCUGUUCAUGCUGGUUAUAUUGGGGGAUUUGUUUUGUUUUGUUUUGUUUUGUUGUUGUCCAAAACACUUUGGACAGAAGAUAGGAACUUUUUGAGGUUAUAAGUUAACCACUACACCCUGCAGACUGUGAAGCCCUAGUGAAAAGAACCUAUUGGCUAUUUGAGAUGAGAUUCAGUUAAGACUAUGAGUUAAAUCAGGUGGGCUUAUUGGUGACCUCCUGCUUAAAUGAAUCUUUCUUUUCAUAAGAACUUGACAAGAUCUGUAAAGUAGUGUAUUUAAUUUACUAAUUAAAUUAAAGCUGCUGAAUAAUGAUUUGUCCAUAUGAUUUAGCUUAAAUAGGAAAGAUCAGCAUUGUUGUGAUCUUCAGCCACCUUAAUGGCCAAGCCAGUUAGACACAAAGGCCUCUUGUGUUUUGUGGGUCACGAGUGCAUAGGUAAGCCUGGGCUGUAAUUGAAUUGCCUGCGCCGCACCUUGCAGUCACAGAUUUCCUCUGCCUUCCUGUUCCAUUGUUGCACUGGGGCUUAAGAGAAUGUUAACGUGGUAAUAGGCACAGGGCCUUCCCCAUUAUACGUCUUGCUAUCGAGCGGUUCUGCAUGACUAGUUAAAGAAGAUGGCAAGAAGAUUAAUGAAAGCCAGGCUAAUACAGAAGGGGGUACUUUUGCAAGACUUCUACCGAGGAGAUAUUAGAGCUGAACCAGAGCUUGGCUUUUUCUUUAUCCUGUGACCUUUGAACCUGCCGUACUGUUGAGAGCUGCCAGGGAAGUCGACGUUUUGAUUGAUGUUGGUACACGAGUCAGUCUUUCCCAUUGAAUUCCACAUCUGCACGAAAAUAGCUUUUCCAGCAGAAUUCAUACUGGCUAGAAAUGAUAGCCAAAUUGAUGGCUGAAAUGCUUUUAUGUAGUUUUCGUUUAAGCCUAAAGGUAUUUGAUGGUUUAAUUCAGUAUCCAGUUUUCAUAGAUUAUAUGUAUUCACUUAUGUGUUCUUAAUGACUUCAUCAACUCAUAGUACAAGACAAAUAUUAAGAAUGGUUAAAGGUUUGCAAACAGAGCUCCAACCAGGGUUUAUAGGGGAGUAAAAGUCGUCAUCAGACAAACCUUUCACCGUCCUCAAAAAAGAAAACUCAGUGUGAGGGCCCAAAGAAACUGACUUUGAGGUACGUAUAAAUAAAGCAAAGGUAUCGAUGGGGAGAUCUGAAGUCUCACCUCUGUACCCUGCAUGAGCCCCAGCUCAGAGGCUAUCUUGGUCCACCUCAGUUGGGCUCUCUGACUUUGUCCUGGGGACAUGAACAUCCCAUUCUGAAAGGGUUUAUCACAGGCUACCUGUAAGACAGACCUGUGCAGAUAAGUAACUUCUCCAAAGGUCCUCACUUACUCUUAUCCUGCAUGCUGCAUGUGUGUGCCUGUGUGUGUGUGUGUGUGUGUGUGUGUGUGUGUGUGUGUGUUGUAUACACUUCCCCCACUACCUCUUCUAACAAAGGAGGAUGGCAGAAGGGCUCAGGUUUAUUCCUCAAAUCAACUCGGUGUGUUGAAUCCUGUGACCACCACAUUUCUCUUUUCUGUACUUGACAGGGGCAGUUCCAGGAGAGAACACACAAAUUCAUUCAUCACACACACACACACACACACACACACACACACACACCUCUCUCUCCCUGACAUGACAGGCACUCUAGUUUCUGAAAUAGGAGAUACCCAGGAAUUUUGUCAUAUUCUUCAGACGCUCUCCAGAAAGUGCAAGAAGAGCCAGGGGGAGGUGGGUGGGUGUGCACGCCGCCUUGGUGUACUUCAGGCCUUAGAGAUGAGGCAGCUCUUUUCUACGCCAGGGCCCCUGCCACCCAGGCCGGUGGAGCCCACCCUCAGACUGUGUUGACCCAGGAGGUUUGGGCACGCCAAACAUUAGGUAGGCGAACUGCUGUGCUGGGUCUUUAUUCUCUGACAAAGACUUAUUUCAUAAGUUCCAGAUCAAAUACAGUAAGUACUGCCUGAUUACAGAACACAACGGAGUCUACCAUAUUAAAUGCCCCAGUUAUUGAAUUGCCUUUUCAUAAGAGUACUCUGGAGCACAAUCAGGAGCAGGCAGUGCCUCAUCCUUUUAACAGAUAUGUUUCCUAGCCCUAUUAAAAGGGGUCUUCAUCUAUCCUGUCAAAGGGAGUCUGCUGGGGUUUUUUAGUUUAAUUACACUAUCCAAUUAAAACUCCUUGCUGCAUUUGGAUGCGCCUCUCCUUGGGCCUGAGUGGAUAUGACAUUUACAAGGCUCGCCUUUCAAGCAGACAAUAGUGUGAUUGAUGAGGUGCACAUUCAGUGAAGGAGCGAGUGCCUGUGGAAGUGCUGCUUAGUGCGUUUUGAUUUAUUUAUCAUCUUCUUCCAAAACAAGGGAGCUGCCGGGGAGAAGGGUAGAGGCAACCAGGGGACUACCUCAGUUUUUCCUGGACUGUGAGAGGGAGACUGAAUUUCACCACAGGAUAAAGGUGAAGAGGAAAUAUACGUCUAGUGCCAGCUUGCAUCAUCAAAUACCAGCUCCAUUCUUAGGUUCUGUGACCCAGUUUGGUUUCCACUAAUCUCAAGCUGUGAUCUGCUGUUAAAUAGGUCAUCACUGUGUUUGUAGAACACUUUGCGGGGGCCAGAUAGCACUGGCCAGGCUCCUGAGAACUCCGCCAACCUAGCAUGUGUCUCUGGACUGACCUGGUAGCAGUGCCUGACACCCGACUCCUGUGCAUGUCCCAGCGGCACCCUCCAGAAUGCCCACCACUUCUGUCCAAGGGCCACCUUCAGGGCUCAUGACCCUUUCUAACCCUGGCUAUUUAAAAGUGCUUCUGAGAUUUGGAAUUGGCCAAGGGCAUGAAUGGCUGCUCAGCACACAGCCAUGGAGGCAUAAUGGAGAACUUCUCAAGGUUGUAGUGAUGAGGCAGAUCCCACAUCUUGUUCCUAAAUCACUAUUGCUAUUCUUCCUCAGCCUGUGAUAGAUGGGGCUGGAAGAGUGCUGUCUCUGUGGGGCCUGGCAAAGAAGUGUUUCCGUGCAGUGAUCUCUGGAAGGCAGCCUGGAGGUGGGGCAGCAGGACUCCUCCAAGCCCCGAGCGGUGAUAGCCAUGCACCAGAGCUGCUCGCUGGGGCAUGUUCACACACACGCAAGGCGUCCACGCUUGGGAGGGGAAUGAACUGGUGUUGAGACAUUCUCAGGGAAUUUUCUUAUAUUCCUUGCAAAGUUUUCUUUGUUUUUUUCCAUAAGAUUUACCAAGAAGAAAGAAUUUCUCUGUGUCAAUUGGAAUAUUGAUAUUUGUUAGGGUAGGAAACAUUUUGAGGAUAUCAACUCUUUUCCUCCUGGGAGAAACUACCUCCUCGCUGUUAAGUUUCCACUUAAUUGUUGACUUGAGCUUUAUGGACCCAUAAUAACAAAAAAAUUAUCUAGGCAUAUGAAAAAUGUGCAUACAUUUGCAUUUCCCUAGAUUUUGAUUGCCAUUUCCUCGAAUUUCUUCAUUUUCAACAUCAGAGGAAACCCUAAUUGAGAAGAGGGUAAAACCAGGGUAAAAAGAGGGUAAAAAUCCCUACUGAAAAUCUCAGUGUGAGAUUUCUCAGCCGGAUAAAUGAUGGAGAAAAUCUGUUUUCCCUUGCCUCCUGCCAAGCUCAGAAUUGUAUUUUCAUAAUAAAUAAAUGGGGUACUUAGAUUUUAAGUUAAUAUCAUAGACAUGGAAAAAGGAAGCCAUACUUUCAUUAAAAUAAAGAUGUGUAUUUCUUCUGAGACUUCCAUAUGCAACUUCCAGAUUAGCUUUUCUAUCAUAAGUGACUAGAACACUGGACAAAAUAUUCUUCAAAACCAGUUUCAGACAUUGGAACAGCACAAGGCUGUGAUCCCUUAAAGAAGGAAUGCGAAGGGCUGGGGAUUUAGCUCAGUGGCAUAGGUGCCUGCUUUGCAAGCACACGGUUGUGAGUUUGAUCCUGCUACCAAAAAAAAAAAAGGGAUGCGAAUGUCUUGCGACCACAGUGUGGCUGUCGGCCAGGGCUUUCUGGGAAGGGAGAACCCAAGGUGAGUGGCACAGUCUCAUGGAGAACUGGCAAAGAAGUGAGAGGCAGAGGGUGAGGGUGGGGUGGGAAUCACAGCAUGGCAGAGCCAGAAGAAGCUGCGCAUGGUGGGGUACAUGUUCAAGCCCAGCCUGGGUAGUUUAGCAAGACCCUGUCUGAAAUUUUUUUUAUUAUUAUUAUUUUAAAAGGGCUCAGUGUAAAGGUCAUCCUGGGCUCAGUCCCCAUUAGCACCUACAACAGGAGCAACAGAAAACUGAGCAGAAAAGCAGGAAAAAUGUGUCCCAUAACCAGAAAGAAAAAUUGAUCAAUAAUAGUAAAGCCAAAUGUGACCGGAAUGAUAGAAUUUGCAGUCAGCAAUGCUUUAAAAUAGAUACUAGAUAUGCUAAAAACUUGAAAGAACACAACUCAAAAGAAAAGUAUGUAGAAACUAUUAAGAACCAAAUGAAAAUUCUAGAACUAAGAUAUAAUACAUGAAUCAAAACUCACUAAUAGAAGCAAGUGAAAAGGACUAAGAAAAAAGAUUAGCAUGUAAUUUAUCUAUUGCCCCAUUAAAAACUUCCCCAGAAUUUAGUGAGUUAAAGCAACAGUAGCAUUUGUUACCUUAUAGUGACUCUCAAGGACCCAGCACAGCUUCAGUUGGUUUCUGGCUCUGGGCUCAUAAAGCUCUGGUCCACAUGUCAGCAGGGGCACGGUUGUUUCAAAGUGAACUUGAGCUAGGAUCUGCUUCCUGGCAGAGCUCAGUUCCUUGUCACGCAGGCCUCCAUAGGGAAACUCAUAACAGUUGACUUUAUCAAAUUAAGAUAGAAGGGCUGAGGAUUUAGCUCAGUGGCAUAAGCGCCUGCCUGGCAAGCGCUGGAUCAUGAGUUCGAUUGCCAGUACCCAAAAAAAGAUAGAGUGCUAGCGUGGAAUCAAUCCUAGUCUUCUUAACCUGAUCUCAGAAGUGACAUCCCAGUACCUCUGUAUGACUUACUCAAUAGAAACAAGCUACAGGGUCCAGCUCCUGAACAAGACAAGGUUACAUGAGAACAUGAACCAGGAGCUGGGCUCAUCAGGAGCCAUAUUAGAGUCUUUUCUGCAAUCAGUAAAUUGUAUAAUAAAAAAAUCCAGGCUGAAACCCAAAAAGAAAAAUGGAUGAGAAGAACAGAGCUAUAGAAUAAUAUCAACUAUUCUAACAUACAUGUAGUUGCAGUCUAAAGAUUUGAUUUAAAAUAUCAAGCCACCUCCAAUCUUAGAAUCCCAGUGAGGACUAAGCAGGAUAGAUAUAAAGAAAACCUCAUUGAGGUUUGUCAUAAUCAGAUUGCUAAGAACCAAUAAUAAAGGAAAAAAAGUGCCAAAGAAAAGACAUGCUGCAUAGGGAAGCCAAGAAAGGAACGAUUGCUGACUUCCCAUCCAAAACAGUGGGGUCCAGAAGACAACAGUGUGGCGUCACUAGCUGCACUAAAAGAAAAUUCAUCAGCCAGGCAUGAUGGCGUGCUCGGGUAAUCCUAGCACUUGGGGCUGAGGCUGGAGGAUUAUUACACGUUCGAGACCAGUCUGGGCCACAAAGUGAGCCCAAGGCUAAUCUGAACUGCAUAGUGAGACCCUGUCUCAAAAGGACCUCCCCCCCCCCCAGCCAAAAAAAAAGAAGAAUGAAAACUCGUAAACCUAAAGUCUAUAUUCAGCAAAAUGCCCUUCAACCCUAAGGGUGAAAUAUAGCCAUUUUAGACAAGACACCACUAAACCUUCACUAUAAGAACAUUAAAGACAGGGGGAGAAAAUACAGAAGGAAACCCAGAUCUACACAAAGAAGCUCCAGGACUGUGGAGUGUAGCCGUGAGCCCAGAGAGGAAACAAACCGGAGAGACUUUUUUGAAUGGGGAUCAUCGAUCUGUGACCCACAGACCACUCCACCCUGUGUGCGAGUGCUCUGUGAGGUAAGGCUGUGCGCACUUGUAAUCCUAGCCACUGACGCAGGAGGACCAUGAGACUAGCCCAGACAACUUAACUUAGCGAGGCCUGUGUACCUUAAAUAUUUAAAAAGGAGCUGGGGGGCUGGGACCGUAACUCAAUGAUGGAGCACUCACCUGCUACAUGCAGGGCCCUGGUGUCAGUCCCUAGUGUCAGCCCCAAAAAGAGGGGAAAAGCUGAUUUUGUCUUAUAUGAGUAUCCACAGUAUCCUUGAUUUUGCCUUUUGGCGCACAACACAUAAAAUAGUUUCCUUCUGGCCUUUUAUAGGAAAAGUUUGGGUGAAGGUUGGGCAAUGUUCAGGGUGGUUCUGUGUCACUAAUUCUUCAGGGACCUCGCAAUUAACCACAGGCACUGUGCAGCUCUGAAAUUGCUGCUUGAUCCUGGUAAUUCUCCAGGAAGCAGAUAUUAUUCCCAGUUUGUAAUCGAGUAAACCGAUACUCAAAAAAGUUACACAGCUUGUCCAAAGCAACCCACGAAUGGUAACGUGUUCACCCUGUCCCGACACCCUGGCCCUCCGUGUCAGUGCUUCCUCAGGAAGGCUGUCCCUACCCCCACUCCGUCCGCGUGGGGUCUUCUCAGCACAGGUCCGCCAUCUUGUCAUCCGGCUUCUCUUUCUUAAGUUUGUUAAAUGCAGCAAAUUAGAAGAUGGGAGGAAAAGAACUUAAAGUGAAGUGAAAGUUGAGAAGAGUUGACCAAAAAUGAAACAAGCCUGGGGAUUUAGCUCAGCGGCAUAAGCGCCUGCCUUGCAAGCAGGCAGUCGUGAUCCCUGGUACCGAUUUUUUUAAAAAAUGGCAAAGAUGAUACAAAAAUGAAACAAAAACUACUAUAUGGGGCUGGGGAUUUAGCUCAGCGGCAUAAGUGCCUGCCUUGCAAGUGUGCGGUCUUGAGUUCAAUCCUGGUACCGAUAAAAAAUGAAAAAGACAAAAAAAAAAAAAAAACCUACUAUAAAGCACCCCAAGGAUGCAGAAAGCACAACAGCGUGGAACACUGUAGAACAUCGGAGCCCUUUGCAGCCAAGAAAAAACCAUGAUACUCAAGUCGUUUUACAGUUGAACACGGUAAAAUAGUAAUUUGUUUUCCUGGUAUUCUUAAUACAGGUGAGAAAGUAUGUUAUGUGGGAUUUUGAAACUUUUUUUUUUUUUUUUUUUGUCUUUUUCAUUUUUAUCGGUACCGGGGAUCGAACUCAUGACUGCCUGCUUGCAAGGCAGGUGCUUAUGCCGCUGAGCUAAAUCCCCAGCCCGUUAUGUGGGAUUUUGAUGCUUAAAAUUUAAAAGGGCCGUUCUGGGUUGGUUUGGUCUGGUCAGGUGGUUUGGUCUGAUUGUGCAGAGGUCACCCAUACUUUCCGUGCCAGUACUUCUGGAUGGCUAGAGUUUCAUUUGGCAGUCACAUAGCCUGUCAUAGAAAAAUACAAACUCAAGCUCGUCAGAAACUGAGGCUCCUCCAAAGAGAAAA